CCACACUCAAAACUACAUUUACAUAUACCAAGAAAGCCACCAUAUAAUUCUAGAAGCCAGACGGUGACCAAGUAAUUGGCAUUUAUUAAUUUACUUAAUUCGUUAUCAUCUUUCCUUACACUAGCUAUUUCACAAUCAUAAAACAGAAAAUACCGAUCAGCAAUUAAACACACAAAAAAUUGUAUGGAAAAUAGAAAAUAAAAUUUUAGAUAGAUCUUUUCAAAAAGGUAAGAACAGUAUUAAAAAAACAUACGUAGGAUAAUCAUAAAACUUAAUACAACAUAUAGAUCCAUAUAAUUAUUAAACUCUAAUGAGUAGUUGUUGUGGUUUGGUGUGUUUGUUGUGGCUGCGAGUGCGUAUAAUGUCCCAACUCUUUGGCUUUCUCCGCUAUCCUCAUCCUCGCGUAAUCCACCUUAUCCGCUCCCAUCGGGUGUUUUCCGGUAACGUACUUAUAAAUCCACGUUAACGCCGUAGCUGCUGCCACCCCACAACCACCGGAGAAUAGGAAUCCCAUCGUCAAAAGCCCUAUCGUUAUCACUGCCGGUACCAACACCGGGCUGAACAGAACCAUCAACGGCGUCGCUACGAUCAAACCGAUCACCGUUCCGGUUAGUGUUAGUCCUGAGAGCACGAGGAGUGAUAGGCCGAUCGUAGCUGCCGUUACGAAUCUCACUAUCUGCCGAGUCGAUGGUGAUGAUUCAUGGAGACUCCUCAUUAUUGGUUGUUGUUGUUGCUGAUGUUGUUGAUGAUCCGCCAUUUCUUUUUUUCUUUUUCUAAGAGAGUAUGGAUUUAAUGUUCUAUGUUGUUUUUGUAGCUUUAAUAAGCUUACCAUUUGUGAUUAUUAUGAAGAAUGAAAAUAGACUAGUAUGAAGGAGAGGCUAAACUUAAACGAGACAUGUGUCGAACGACGAGGCGUGUUAGGCAAUGGAGAAGAGUGUCACGCGGGCGUGUCAGUUCUGCAUGGAGCUACUUUGACGAGUGACUGUAUAUUAUCCUAGUGAUUAUGAAGUUGGAAUACCGUGGGCUUAAUAAUAUCUGGGCCUGUAGCGACUGUAUCAUCUCGGGAGACAAAUUAUUUGAAAAUAAAAACCUCGAUGCAGAUGUAUCAACACGUGGCAGCAUCUGGAUUCGACCGUUGCUGCUUUGCUGGUGGUUUACGUUUUUUCCCCUUUUUAAAUUUCUCAAUUUGGAUCUGUUCCCUUUGUGAAAAUUACUCUCUCUUCUCUCUUUCUUUCUUCUCUUUCUCUCGCUAUCUUGGCUCAUCAACGAUCUCUUCCAUGGGGAUUUCUACAGAGACGCAGCAAAUUGCGGCUUCAGAGGCUGCACAAAAGAGAUGGACUACAAGCGAUUUCGAUAUCGGAAAGCCACUUGGUAGAGGAAAGUUUGGCCAUGUUUAUCUAGCAAGAGAGAAACGGAGCGAUCACAUUGUGGCUUUAAAGGUUCUUUUUAAGGCUCAGCUUCAACAAUCUCAAGUUGAACACCAGUUACGAAGGGAAGUAGAGAUUCAAUCUCAUCUUCGGCAUCCCAAUAUUCUGCGGCUCUACGGUUACUUCUAUGAUCAGAAAAGAGUUUAUUUGAUUUUGGAGUAUGCUGUAAGGGGUGAGCUUUAUAAAGAGCUUCAGAAGUGCAAGUACUUCAGCGAACGUCGAGCAGCAACUUAUGUUGCGUCAUUGGCUAGAGCCCUCAUCUAUUGCCAUGGAAAGCAUGUAAUUCACAGAGAUAUAAAACCUGAAAAUCUGUUGAUUGGUGCUCAGGGUGAGCUCAAGAUUGCAGAUUUUGGAUGGUCAGUACACACAUUCAACCGUAGAAGGACUAUGUGUGGCACUUUGGAUUACCUUCCACCUGAGAUGGUGGAAAGCGUUGAACAUGAUGCGAGUGUCGAUAUAUGGAGUCUAGGAAUUCUCUGCUACGAAUUUCUUUAUGGUGUUCCUCCUUUUGAGGCCAGGGAGCAUUCAGAGACAUACAAAAGGAUUGUUCAAGUGGAUCUCAAGUUCCCUCCCAAACCCAUUGUGUCAUCAUCUGCAAAGGACCUGAUUAGCCAGAUGUUGGUUAAGGAGUCUACGCAACGUUUGGCCUUGCACAAGCUUCUUGAACACCCGUGGAUUGUGCAAAACGCAGACCCAUCAGGCCUUUACAGAGGAUGAAGCGAUGAAGCUAGGAAAAGAUUUAAGAUUGCAUUCUUGGCACUUUGCACCACUUACUGCAAAAAGUCUGACCAUUUCAUAGUUCUAUAUAUGUAAUUGCUGUGUUCCAAAAGUAUUUGUACUACAUUUUUCUACGAAGUUUAUAUAGCCACAAGAUUCGUGUAACUUUACUCCAAUUAUUUUCGAAUCCUACAUCACUUUUUAAAUAAAAAUUGUUCGGAAUGGUUUCAAACUU